AUGGUCUCUCGAAUCUCGGGAGCUGUUUUUCUUGGACAUCCCCACUGCCGUGACGAGCAAUGGCUACGUCUAUCAGUGGAUUACUCGAUCAAUGUAUUUCAAACUAGUUUUACAUUGAAACUAUUUCCCUCGGCAUUUCACCCGUUGAUAUCGCGAUUAAUUCCAGCCCAGCGCCGUCUCAGUCGGAAUCUCAAAGACGCGGAAACCAUAAUUGGGCCUAUCGCUGAUGAAAUUCGCAAGAAGAACGCAGGCCAAACUGCAGACGUGGAAAGAGAGAUACCAGGGUCACUCCUGUCCUGGAUGGUACACAACUCCGACUUCAAAGUGACGGACAACGGUACUCUCGCAGCAACACAGCUAAUAUUGACGCUUGCUUCAGUACAUACCACUUCAAUGGCAGUGUGUAAUGCACUUUUUGACAUCUGUGCACAUCCAGGGACUUUGAGACCUCUCCUCGAUGAGAUAAUGCAAGUGCUUGAUGGAAAGGAUCCCGAGCAGCUUUGUACCCAAGAUCUUUCACAGAUGAAGAAGCUCGACUCGUUUUUGUUGGAAUCUCAACGCUUCAAUCCACCAAUACUUCUCAGUCCCCAACGGGUGACAAUGGAGCCCAUCACGCUGAAGGACGGUACCUUCUUACCUAAAGGCACCCAAGUAGCAUGGCCUGCAGCAAACAUUCUUAUGGAUCCGAAUGUAACAUUCGAUCCGGAAGCGUUCAACCCGUGGCGAUCAUUCGAGCAAGGCAACGAAACGUCUCCAGCCAGUACCAACGCAUACGGGCAUACCAGUGAGAAAAACCUUCUAUUUGGACAUGGCAGACAGGCAUGUCCUGGCAGAUUCUUUGCUGUUGCUGAAAUUAAGAUGAUUUUGGCGAGGAUGUUGAUCGAAUAUGAUUUUCGUUUCUGCAAUCAAGGUUGCAGGCCGAAGAGCCUUACAAUCGAUGAGAUGGUCUUUCCUAACCCAUUUGCGAAAUUGAGUAUCAAGAGACGAAAUGAGGGAAGAUGA